AUGCCAAGCGCUGCCCCGCCGGCCGCCGCCGCGCCGCCGUCGCGGGACCCAGCCAGCGGGAGAGAGAGGCCGGCGGCGGCCCCGCAGCGCGGCGCCCGCCCGCUCGGCAGCACCAUGAAGGCGGCGGAGGAAGAACACUAUAAUUAUACAUCUUCAAACGUAAAUGCUGCAUUGCCUCUAAAUGUGGCACAUUCCUCAUUGUCAACUCCAUGUCACGGCCUUCAGACAUCAAAUCCCGUCAUUUCAGUUGUCCCAUCGACAAACCAUCCUUCUGGAUACGGAGGACACAUCGACGGCGGGGCCUCCGAGUAUUACUUGCCGCCAAACAUCAGACCUAAUGGAGCUCCAGCGCUGGAGAGCCCUAGAAUUGAGAUCACUUCUUACAUGGGACUUCAUCAUAACAACAACCAGUUUUUCCACGAUGAGGUUGAGGAGGCCAUCCCAAACGCCAAGCGGUCGCCUUCCACUGCCACUUUGAACUUACCGAACAUCGAAGCGUACAGAGACCCGUCCUGCCUGAGUCCAGCGAGUAGCUUGUCUUCCAGAAGCUGCAACUCUGAAGCGUCUUCCUAUGAGUCCAACUACUCGUAUCCGUACACUUCACCCCAGACCUCUCCAUGGCAGUCCCCAUGUGUCUCUCCGAAGACCACCGACACAGAGGAGGGCUACCAGCGCAGCAUGGUGGCCUGCACUUUGCUCAGUUCCCCGAGGCACUCUCCGUCGACAUCUCCCAGGACGAGCAUCACAGAGGAGAACUGGCUGGGGGCUCGCAACUCCAGGCCUCCGUCUCCCUGCAACAAGAGAAAGUACAGCCUCAAUGGCCGGCAGACCUCCUACUCGCCGCACCACUCCCCCACGCCUUCUCCGCAAAACUCGCCGCGGGUGAGCGUCACGGAUGAGACGUGGCUGGGGAACACCAACCAGUACACCAGCUCCGCCAUCGUCGCCGCCAUCAACGCCCUCACCACCGACAGCACCAUAGAUAUGAACGACGGGAUUCCCAUCAAGUCGAGGAAGACCGCCAUCGACCACACCCCGUCCAUGACUCUCAAAACUGAGCCGGCUGGCGAGGAUCAUGGGACCAUAUCGCCAACUGCCGAUUUGUCACCAGAAGACUUCUCCAGCUUUCAGCACAUCAGGAAAGGAAACUUCUGCGAGCAGUACCUGUCCGUGCCACAGCAUCCCUACCAGUGGGCCAAACCAAAGUCUCUGUCUCCGACAUCCUACAUGAGCCCAUCCCUGCCUGCCCUUGAUUGGCAGCUGCCAUCUCACUCAGGACCUUAUGAACUGCGUAUUGAAGUGCAGCCGAAAUCCCACCACCGAGCUCAUUAUGAGACAGAAGGCAGUCGAGGGGCUGUGAAGGCAUCUGCGGGGGGCCACCCUAUUGUGCAGCUACAUGGUUACUUAGAAAGCGAGCCGCUCACGCUACAGCUGUUCAUUGGGACUGCAGACGACCGCCUGCUGCGACCCCAUGCUUUCUACCAGGUUCAUCGAAUCACCGGGAAGACUGUUUCCACCACCAGCCACGAAACAAUACUUUCCAACACCAAAGUCCUGGAAAUUCCACUUCUUCCAGAGAACAACAUGAGAGCAAUCAUCGACUGUGCUGGGAUAUUAAAGCUCCGAAACUCUGACAUCGAGCUGCGCAAGGGAGAGACGGACAUCGGUCGGAAGAACACGCGUGUGCGGCUGGUCUUCAGGGUUCAUAUCCCGCAGGCCAAUGGCAGGACCCUUUCCUUGCAAGUAGCCUCCAACCCCAUUGAGUGCUCUCAGAGAUCUGCCCAAGAACUGCCUCUGGUGGAGAAGCAAAGUACUGACAGCUUUCCUGUUAUUGGAGGGAAAAAAAUGAUACUGACUGGCCAUAACUUUCUGCAAGACUCCAAAGUCAUCUUUGUGGAGAAAGCACCAGAUGGUCACCAUGUGUGGGAAAUGGAAGCCAAAACCGACAAAGAAAUGUGCAAGCCAAAUUCAUUGGUGGUUGAGAUACCACCUUUCCGCAAUCAGAGAAUUACCAGCCCUGUUCAGGUCAACUUCUAUGUCUGCAACGGAAAGAGAAAGAGAAGCCAGUACCAGCUUUUCACCUAUCUUCCUGCUAAUGUUCCAAUUAUAAAAACAGAACCCACAGAUGACUAUGAGCCUGCUCAAACCUGUGGACCAAUGAACCAAGGCUUAAGCCCUCUCUCUAAACCAUACUACAGCCAGCAGAUCAUGAUGCCCCCUGAUCCUGGUUCGUGCCUCGUGGCUGGCUUUGCCUCCUGUCAGCAGAGAAACGCUGUGAUGUCACCCUCUCCCAACGCAAGCCCCAAGCUGCACGACCUUUCGUCCUCUCCUUACAAGUGCAUCCCCAACCCGGGCCACAGUCACCUCGGACUUCAGCAGCCUGCUGGAGGUGUCCCCACCAUACAGGAAGUGCCAAGGUCUAUAGUUGUGCACCCAAGCUCCCCCGAGCAAUCAUCUCACAUCAUGCUGCAGCCGCAGGUGAGUCAACAUCUGAGCAGUAGCUGUCCCCUUGGUUAUCAACAAACACUCUAUCCCAACAGUCCCUCUUCUCCAGUUCCAUCUGUUACCCAAGAGCCAACCUAUUUGCAGUCCUGCAGUCCAACUCACUCAUCCAUAAUGGGUCAACAGCAGCAGCAACUGCCGAAGGUUCACAGAAAUGAGUCUCCAACAACCCAACCACUGUCAUUGCCAGAGUUGCAUGAGGAAAGUAAUCAUAAUUUGGCCCCUAUUCCUGUAACGAUCAAGCGAGAACCUGAGGAAUUGGACCAGAUGUACCUGGAUGAUGUAAAUGAAAUUAUAAGGAAUGACCUUUCCAGUACCAAUGUCCAUUCAUAGCUUUCAAUAUGGGCCUAAUAUGAAAUCCACACACACUUUUGACUUAGCUGGCGUGUCAGCUCGAGUAGAGAGAUACCGAAUAAACUGAAGACAUUGCCUGGUACCACUCUGAUCUUCCACCUUACUGAAUGUCAGGAACUGAAGAUUUACCUCUUGCUUACAAAGAAGUAGCUCCUCAACUUCAACUGAUGAAACAGCUUCUUUAAAGAAAAUCAUCUCAAAAGAAAGAGAAGGAAGCACGCUCCGAGACCGCGCAUUUCAUGGGACAAAACUAGGAAACUCAGCAAAACCUGAGUGCUUCUUCCCAGUGCUGAUCUUUUUGGCAUGGCACCGCUGGAACACAGCCCUGGAAGUGCCUUAUUUU